GGGGGCCGGCGCCAGCUCAGGCCCGACCGGCGGGGAGAAGACUCGCGGGGAACCCGGUCAGCCGGACCCACCGCGGGUCUGUGUGCGGUGAGGCGGGGGGUCCCCGCGAGAGGCAGAGAGAUGGAGCUGGGAAAGAUGGGGUCCCAGGCGCGCACAGGGACCUCUCGCGGCCCCUUUAAGAGCCAGUGCCCGGGUGCGGGGUGAGGGCAGAGGGCGGAGGGCAGUAGCGGCGAGCCCGGCCCCCCGCCCUCCGCCUCUCAUCUGCACCCAAAGCUGGGCUCCGGCUGAGGUCACCUGCCCCCGAGCCCCGCACGCUGAUUGGCUGCAGGUGACGUCAGGGGCUUUUUUCGCUCGGCAUGACCUCAUCCCCGCCGGCGGCCCCGCCCUCCGCCCCGGGCCUGUCACUUGCGGGCGAGCCGUGGCCGAGCCGGCUCCGCGCCCCCCAUCCGGACGCCAGAGCCCGAGCCCGAGCCGAGCCCGAGCCUCAGCAGCACCGGCCGCGCCCGCCGAGCCGCGGGUGGGAUGCGCGCCGUGAGUGCGCGUGCCCGCCCGCAGUGCGCGCGUCCCGGCCCGAGCCAGCGCUCCCCGCGGCGGCCGUGGCGGCGACGGCGGCGACGGCGACGCGGCCCGAACGCUCCCCGGUCCCCUGCCCCGGCUGCGUGCGCCCCAGCCGGGCCCAUGGGCGGCGCAUCUGACCCUGCGCGCUGAGCGCGACGCGGGUCCCCGGUGCGCCCCGGAGGCGAGCGUGAACGAGGUCUGGUACCAUGCCCAGUCACUCUGAACCCUAGGCCACACCUGGGCCAUCAGAGCAGCCCCUGCUCACUUCAGGGGGCACCCCCUCCCCACUGCCCACUGCCCACCAUGGCCGGGGACCGGCUCCCCAGGAAGGUGAUGGAUGCUAGGAAGCUGGCCAGCCUGCUGCGGGGCGGGCCUGGAGGGCCACUGGUCAUCGACAGCCGCUCCUUCGUGGAGUACAACCGCUGGCACGUGCUCAGCUCCGUCAACAUCUGCUGCUCCAAGCUGGUGAAGCGGCGGCUGCAGCAGGGCAAGGUGACCAUCGCGGAGCUCAUCCAGCCGGCCGUGCGCAGCCAGGCAGAGGCUGAGGAGCCGCAGGACGUGGUUGUCUAUGACCAGAGCACCCUGGAUGCCAGCGUGCUGGCUGCAGACAGCUUCCUCUCCAUCCUGCUCAGCAAGCUGGAUGGCUGCUUCGACAGCGUUGCCAUCCUCACAGGGGGCUUUGCCACCUUCUCCUCCUGCUUCCCCGGCCUCUGUGAGGGCAAGCCUGCUGCCCUGCUGCCUGUGAGCCUCUCCCAGCCCUGCCUGCCCGUGCCCAGUGUGGGCCUGACCCGCAUCCUGCCUCACCUCUACCUGGGCUCUCAGAAGGACGUCCUGAACAAGGAUCUAAUGACCCAAAACGGAAUAAGCUAUGUCCUCAAUGCCAGCAACUCCUGCCCCAAGCCGGACUUCAUCUGCGAGAGCCGCUUCAUGCGCAUCCCCAUCAACGACAACUACUGUGAAAAGCUGCUGCCCUGGCUGGACAAGUCCAUCGAGUUCAUCGAUAAAGCCAAGCUGUCCAGCUGCCAAGUCAUCGUCCACUGUCUCGCUGGCAUCUCCCGCUCUGCCACCAUCGCCAUCGCUUACAUCAUGAAGACCAUGGGCAUGUCCUCAGACGACGCCUACAGGUUUGUGAAGGACCGGCGCCCAUCCAUUUCACCCAACUUCAACUUCCUGGGCCAGCUGCUGGAGUACGAGCGGAGCCUGAAGCUGCUGGCCGCCCUGCAGGGCGACGGGGCACCCCUCCCGGGGAUGCCCGAGCACUCCCCAGGCCCUGCAGCCCCCCUGCCGCCACUGCCACCACCUACCUCAGAGAGUGCUGCCACGGGGAGUGCAGCAGCCAGCUCAGCCAGGGAGGGCAAGCGGGGCACAGGCAGGGAGCCCCCCUCGCCUGCUGCAGCCCCUGCUACCAGCGUGCUGCAACAGGGCCUGCACGGCCUGCACCUCUCCUCCGACCGUCUCCAGGACACCAACCGCCUCAAGCGCUCCUUCUCGCUAGACAUCAAGUCGGCCUACAUCCCCAGCCAGCAACCGGAUGGCCCCGGGGCCCCUGACCCUGGCGAGGCCUCCAAGCUCUGCAAGCUGGACAGCCCAUCCGGGGUACUAGGCCUGCCCUCGCCCAGCCCCGACAGCCCAGAUGCAGCAACCGAGUUUCGCCCACGACCCCGCCGGCGGCUCCGACCUCCAGCGGGCUCCCCAGCACGCUCUCCCGCACAUGGCCUCGGCCUGAAUUUUGGGGACACUGCCCGGCAGACUCCACGGCAUGGCCUCUCAGCCCUGUCGGUGCCCGGGCUGCCUGGCCCAGGCCAGCCGGCCAGCCCUGGGGGCUGGGCACCGCCCCUGGACUCGCCAGGCACACCAUCGCCAGACGGGCUCUGGUGCUUCAGCCCUGAGGGUGCACAGGGGGUGCAGCUUUCACCCCUCAGCCUGGCUGGCCCCCAGGGCACAGGCGGUGGUGAUUUGCGCCGGCGGGAGGCGGCAAGGGCCCAGUCCCAGGACGCGCGGACCAGCUGGCCGGAGGAGCCAGCCCCAGAGAUGCAAUUUAAGCGUCGAAGCUGCCAGAUGGAGUUCGAGGAGGGCAUGGUGGAGGGGCGCGCCCGCAGCGAGGAGCUGGCCGCCCUGGGCAAGCAGGCCAGCUUCUCGGGCAGCGUGGAGGUCAUCGAGGUGUCCUGACGGUGGCCAGCGUCGGCCCCUCCAUGGGGACCCGGUGCCCCUGAGCCCUGCGCUGCCCUCGGCUGGGCCGCCAGCAGCCGGGCCCACUAUAAAUAUAUAUUAUAUAUAAUUCAAAGAAAGGUAAAUGGUUUUACUGCGAUUUUUAUCGAGAAGUAAAUAUUUCGAUUUUUUUAUUUAUUGAAGCUGUUCGUUCUGGCAAUGACUUGGCAACAGUGAGGGUGGUCCUCCAAGCUCUAUUUUUAGUCUGGUAUUUAAACUGAGACACGUUUCUAAGCAAUAUGAGGCCACCCUUCAGUCUCAAGCUGGGUUGCCAGGCCCGGGGUCCCCUCCCCGCCAGCCCCACUCUAAGGAAACACUGCUGAUCAUUGCAAAGAGGCUGCCGAGCUUUCGUGCACUUUUUACUUAAGAAAAAAGGGGGGGGAAAGGGAAAAAAAAAAAAAAAACCUUGCCACAAACUGAGCCGCAGAAACUCCCGCCUGCCCUUCCGCCCACUCCUCUCCGCACCCGCCCCCUCCCCCCCUUUCUCGGGCUGUGCACCAAAGCCAUAGGAGCUGUGGUCCAGGAGUCCCUGCCACCCCUGCCAGCUCCAGGCACCGCGUGUUGGUGCCAAGGAGGGCACCUCCACCACCUGUUUCCCCAGCCUGUGCCUGGCAGGUGCUGACCAGCACUGGGCCUGCCAAGGCCAGGUGUGCCAGGGGCUGGGGUAUAGAACAGGGAGGAUUGGUGAAGGGGGCUCUUGAGUGUCAGAGGCAGGGGGUCUCGGAGCAGGAAUAGAGGUGGAGUGCCCCCCACUCCCGCCUGAGCCAGGCCCACUUUCAGGGGCUCAGCAAGGCUAUUCAGAGGCUGCCUCCCUCCCCUCUGCUCUGAGAGUGUCCCCGAACGCCCUCUGGGGUGUCUGGCAGGAGGAGCUGAGCUCGCCUGCCUGCCAUGCUGGCUGCACUGGUCAGAGGGCAGAUGAGUUUAGGGUCUUAUUCUGAGCUCUCCCUCUACCAGCCCUCACCAGGCCAGACUUGGAAGUCAGGUGCACUGCAGGUGAGGGGCUGCGAGGAGUGGCCGUGAGCACCUGUCCAACCCCAUGCUUGGACAGGUGGGGGGGCCUUAGGUGAUGCAGGACGUGUCCCCCAGGUCUACCCUGCCCUCACUGGGGCCUCAGAGGAGAGAAACCCCCUGCACACCCCUUUCCCGGAGAGCUCUCCCCUCCGAAGUCUCCCAGUAUCUUCAAGUGGUAUGCCAGUCCCCACCCCAGGUGGCUUUGGGCCCAGGUGGGCCGGCCUGGGAGUGAGGGCAGGAGAAAAGGCCCAGCCACCCUGGCCCACACCCACUGGGGUUCUUGGGACCCAAGGUUUUUGGAAUAGAUGUCCCCAACCUCAGAAGUCCUAGGGUCUAGGACAGGGGUGGGCAAACUUUUUGACUCGAGGGCCACAAUGGGUUCUUAAACUGGACCGGAGGGCCAGAACAAAAGCAUGGAUGGAGUGUUUGUGUGAACUAAUAUAAAUUCAAAGUAAACAUCAUUACAUAAAAGGGUACGGUCUUUUUUUUUUUUUUAGUUUUAUUCAUUUCAAACGGGCCGGGGCCGGCCCGCGGGCCGUAGUUUGCCCAUGGCUGGUCUAGGAUGUGGAGCUGGCCCCUAGGGAAGCUGGCAGGAGGGGUGGCCCCGGCAGGACUGAGUCCCACCCCCAGCUGCCCCUCUGGCUGUUUCUAUUUGUUCUUUGGACCCACAGCCCCAUGUCCCUGUCAUGCCUCCUUUAAGCGGAAGUCCUGUUCCUGAUCUCUGUCCCCACCCUGUUCCCUAAGAAAUAAGCUAUCAUUGUUGUAUUUGCAAUCUAUGGAUUAGAGGUUUAAGUAUUUAUUAAUAUUGGUUAAUUAUUAUUAUUAUUAUUGAUUAUGUAAAUUGCCUCCUGUUUGUCUAUUGUGUUGGGUUUCUGAGGUGACACUAGGUGGAGUGCUGUCCCGGAGACAGUGGUCCGGGCCACUAGUGGCCCAGCACUCUGGAUGCAGGUCCCACGGGGGGUGGGCAGAGGUGCUCUUGCUCUUGAGGCACUGGUCACCCCAAAAGGAGCAGCUGCAACGAGAAGGUUCCCUUUGUGUGCUGGGGGCCCCUCCCUGGUCAUUUCCACCCCCUGUCCCAGGCAGGGAGGGCUGGGCCUCAGUCCUCUCCAAGUCCUCUUCAGCUCUCUACUCCCCUGCCUGCCCCCCACCCCCGUGCCCUGGCCUUGGGGUGGCCCCAGAAUGGAUCGGCCCCCUCCUAUUAUUUGCUGGAAAGUCCAGCGGAGGAGAGGAGGCAGGUUCCCCCACUACACGGCUCCAGUCUCUCUGGACUGGCUGCCCGGAACCCUCCCCCAGCGCGGCCACACUUUCUGCUCCCAUCCUGUCCCUUUCUUUUGUAUUUGGGAAAAUUGUGUUGUAAUAAAUCCUGAGAUGGAUGUUUUCUCCA